AUCCUUUCCAAGAUGGCGGCUCUGCUGACGCGUCUGAGGUCUGACACGCUCGUGAGACGGCACAAAAAAAAGAAGAAGGAAAAAAAACUAGUGUCGGUGUACCAUUAGUCUAAUCGAAUUAAAAUCGGAUAAAUGUGCAGAAAAAAAAUACAGUGAAUUAAAUAAUCGACAAAAAAGGAAAAAAGAAACGGAAAAAACGUCACUUCCGGUCGAUUACGAUUGGUUCCCGCUCUUUUUCAAAUUUUGAAAUUUGGUGAGACAUCAGGGCGCGUGCAGCGAUCCGGAUUUAUUCUAUUUGAUCAUAAACUCUGUAAAAUCUGCAUUUUUAUCAUCAUUUUUAUCUUUACAAGAGGAAUGAAACAUGGAAAUGAAUCUUUGGACACACUGAACACAUGCUGAUGUGAUGAUCAACAACAUUCAAGAAAGUUGCAGCAUCACUGAAGUGUUUCUUUAAUUUUAAUUGUUAAUGUCAUGGGUAAGAUUUCAAUCAAAUCAUCCUCAAAGAAGAGACGAUUAUAUUCCACUGAGAGCGAAAACGAACAGCAAGAAGUUAACGUGAAAGAAGAGAGUGAGAACAGCUUCCCUGAAGCAAAAGAAAAUCAGUCCGAUGGGUUGAGUGUUUCAACCCCGUCCACUCCCACCUCUCUCAGCAUUAACACUUCAGCUUCCGAUCAAAGUCAUGUUGUUACUCCAGCGUUCAGCAGUAGUAACAUAGGACGAGUGACCAUCAACACCAGUAUCGUGAACAUCACGCCUCACCGCAGGGAGAAAAACAACAAAGCUCAGGAUGUAUCUGAACUCGACUCCACAACAACUAUUUUGAGAACGCCUAGAAAAUCCAGGAAGUGGAAGAGAAGUCGACGUUCUGCUGCCAGAAGAUGUCUCCCCUUCCAGACCCGUACCAUGGUGGGUGAGAUCUCCGGAGCUCUGGUGACUGCCGAGUAUCACUGCAGCGGUUGUGGCUUGAAAAUCCCUUCCUGGAAUCCUCCCCGCUUCAGAGUCAGGUGCUCCGGGUGCAAGACGAGCUGGAGGUGCGAUAAAGUCCCCUGCACUUGCAAAGCUAAAAUAGUCCUGGAGCAGGAACGUGGUCAGAUACAGAGGGUGACGCUGGACGACUUGCUCCUGCGCUCCAUCGUCAGGUUUAAACUGAAAGGCUACUGCAAGACGAAGAGCAUCGAGAUGAAGAUCCUGAAGGUUGGGACUGUCAGAGUAAUGUAUGAUGCAGGAGUUGUGAGCAGCGUGACCAAGUUCACUGACUCUCUGUGAUGUGCUGGACGUCUUUCCAAGAGAAUCCGAUCAGGAAUUCGAAUUCUUUCCGUUAUCCCUGGACUCCAGCUGGAUGUAAAAUGUCUUACAGUUAAAUUGAUAUCAGUGGCAACAUCUAUGCAAAGUCUAGAAGUCUACGCUGGGUGUAGCUGCAUCUAGCUGUAGGUUUCGAUGUUGCAAAAGGCUGAAUUUAGUCUAGAAAAGGAUCAGUUUAUUUAAUCCGGAUGAAUCCAGAAUCUCUAGUAUAAACCCAACCGGCCCCAGUAUUCACCCGUAAAAUGAAUAAAUCAAAGAAAAAAGGAAAGAAGGCCAUGUCAGAGGUUUCCUCAUGGAAAGUUUCUUAUAUUUCACACGUGCUCAUGUUAGUAGCUGGAGUCUAAGGUUUACAGCUCUGUGGUUGCCAGAUAUUCUUCUGUGACAUGAUCACCACCACUGCUCUCGAUCACUCCACUGUUUCUCUAAGAACCAAAGCAGGCAUUGUAAGUGUUUUAUAACUAUUGUGAUGUGAUCAGUCUGUCAGACAAUGAUGCUGGAGUUAAUACUGCUGUUUACAAGAAUCACUUUAAGCUGUGACUCGUAUAACAUGUAACUCAGACAUCCAGGCUUUUUUUCAGGCUCCACUCAGGAGGAACAUCUCUCACACUCUGGUCUGUAGUUCACUCUGAGAUCUAAAAACUAACAUGAACAAGUUUCUUAUUCAAUCGUCACCUGGUGAUUUGGAUUCUUCAGGCAGGUAUUUGAAGUUCUGUUUGAAGUUCUUGCAGUUAAACAUCAAAUCUCAAUCCCUGACAGUGUCCACGUUCAGAUUAGCUUUAGCAUUCACUAUUUUUCUGUGUGUCCGUUUCUUCAUCUGCAUGAAAGUUUUUUUAUGUCCAUUUUUAUGUUUGUAUGAUUUUUGUUUGUUCUUUCAAAAUUCUUCUGGCAUUACUCGGUUCUAUCAUGGGACCUAAUGUAGAUAUUCUCAAGGGAUUUUCUGGAACAUGUCCAGUGAUUUUAUAAUUUUUGCAUUUGUACUACAUACAAAUGAGAUAUUUAACAAGAUAUUUGACAAGAUAUUUACAUUUACAUUUAUUUUUACAUUUAUAUUUAACAAGAUAUUUGACAAGAUAUUUGAAAUGAGAUAUUUUUUGUUCAUGAUCUUCAUGUUUGGUUUUGUUUUCAUUUGGUCCUGUUAUCUCAUAUUUUGUGCAUUACAUCUUCUCAUGGAAGUGGGAGCUCAAGAUGUUGGACAUCUGAAUUGAAGCUGCCACUGUUUUUGCCACUGAGCCUCAAUCCUCAGAUGAUGUGGGCAUAAAUGCAAUGCUGGUGUACAGUUACAUGUGAAUGGUUCGGGAAUCAAACUGAUGAAACUGUGUACUGGUGUAUUUAAUAAAAACAUAAAAUACUUCAAAUAACUGCACACACUAAAUUAUUUCCUUUUACCGUAGUUCAUCUCCUCAACAUUGAGUUUCUUGA